AUGAUUUCUCCCCUACACCAGAUCAGCAUCCCCCCCCCCCCCCCCCCCAUUAAUCGGUGGUGUCCAUUAAGCCCACCCACCUUUGAGGAGGGUGGGACGGACAGGUCUGCCGGACGAAAGCGUGCUGGCAAAAAUCUCUUCGAGUCUUUAACUCGUACUACCGCUGCGGGUAGGCUCACCCCGCACCCGGCGCUUUGGGACACGCGUCACUGCACCUCUGCUCGGCCACUCUCCUGGCGGCACGUGGGUGGGGCGGGGGCUCCAGGGGGCGGCGGCCAAUGGCAGCGAGGGGGGCUUGUUUGUUCUCGCGAGGGGCGCAGCGGUUGCUGUUUACAGCGAUGAGAUUUGAUCCGGCGCCGGCAGCCCAGGGAAGGGGGAGGCGCGAGCGAGAGCGCGUGGGAGCGCGGAGGCCAGAGCGGGGAGCGAGCGGAGAGAGACGCCGGGAGGCAGCGGGAUGAACGCCACCCGCUCGGGAGCUGGAGCCCCGCGGCAGUGCGGCCGCGCCCCUGCCCGAGCCCGUGCGGCCGCCCAGCCCCGCUCCGCCCGCCGCCUUCUGCAUGCCGAUCGACGACGCACCGGGCGAAGGAAAGGCUCAAGUGGUCUCGACCUCCACCUCGUCGCGCUUUCCUUCCCCGAGUGAGGGUGGGUCGGGUCCAGGCGCUGAUCAGCAGUGUUGUACCCCCCCACCCCGAACACCAGCGAGAACUACCUCCUACCUCGCUCCCCUGUCCCCCUGGAAAUGCACCGAGGAAAAUGCGGGAGAAUGACUACCACCCAACUUGUAAAAAGGCUUGUCCUGCACCUGCAGCUCGGGGCUUAACAACCCUGAAUGAAUGGCAGAAGUUAAAUUUUCCAACGGCGUGGGUUUCAUUGGGGACUAGAUCGGUAGCUACAACAAUCUCUAUUCAGUGUUUGUCUUCCAAGGCCACUGUACUAACGAGUCCUCUGAGUGAUUUUGAGGCUACCGUUGCUGACAUGACUAGAUAUAUCCAGCUGUUACUUCGAACUCUUAAGGACACAAUAGAGCUUGAAAUAGAAUCUUCGAGCAUAGUAAAGAUACUGAGGAGAGCAGAUAAAAAUGAUGAUGGAAAAUUGUCCUUUGAAGAAUUCAAAGCGUAUUUUGCAGAUGGUGUUCUGAGUGGAGAAGAAUUACAUGAGCUUUUCCAUACCAUUGAUACACAUAAUACCAACAAUCUCGACACAGAAGAACUAUGUGAAUAUUUUUCUCAGCACUUGGGUGAAUAUGAGAAUGUACUAGCAGCACUUGAAGACCUAAAUCUUUCCAUCCUGAAGGCCAUGGGCAAAACAAAAAAAGACUACCAAGAGGCCUCCAACUUGGAACAAUUUGUAACUCGAUUUUUAUUGAAGGAGACCUUGAAUCAGCUUCAGUCUCUCCAGAAUUCUCUGGAAUGUGCCAUGGAAACUACUGAGGAGCAAACCCGUCAAGAAAGGCAAGGGCCGACCAAGCCAGAAGUCCUGUUGAUCCAGUGGCCUGGAAAGCGAUCAAGUCGCCGAGUCCAGAGGCACAACAGCUUCUCCCCCAAAAGCCCCCAGUUCAGUGCCUGUGGUCCAGGCUUAUUAGAAGAAGACAACCAGUGGAUGACCCAGAUCAAUAGACUCCAGAAAUUAAUUGAUCGACUGGAAAAGAAGGAUCUCAAACUUGAACCACGGGAAGAAGAAGUUAUUGAAGGGAAUACUAAAUCUCACAUCAUGCUUGUGCAGCGUCAGAUGUCUGUGAUAGAGGAGGACCUGGAAGAAUUCCAGCUUGCUCUGAAACACUAUGUAGAGAGUGCUUCUUCCCAAAGCGGCUGUUUGCGCAUUUCCAUACAAAAGCUUUCCAAUGAAUCUCGCUACAUGAUUUAUGAGUUUUGGGAGAACAGUAGUGUGUGGAAUAGCCACCUUCAGACGAAUUAUAGCAAGACAUUCCAAAGAAGUAACGUGGAUUUCUUGGAAACUCCAGAACUCACAUCUACUAUGCUAGUUCCUGCUUCAUGGUGGAUCCUGAACAACUAG